AUGAAAGAGACGGCAAUUAGCGUUUUAGCUCUAGUACUGACUUUGUUCCUCCUUGAGGUGGUCUCAGGCAAUGAGCUAUCUCUUCCCUUUCGUCUCCCAAUCAAUGAAACCAUUGGCCGUGAAGUAUUUCAAGGUAUUAAUAAUGCAUCAGCCCCACUUCCAUACCCCCAAUGUGGAUUGAAAAAGGGUGGUGGGAAAUGUAUUAAAACAGGAGAGUGUUGUAGUAUAUGGGGCUGGUGUGGAACCACAAACGAGUAUUGUUCUCCUGGAUAUUGUCAGAAACAAUGUCCAGGUCCAUACCCAGAGGGACGAUGCGGAUGGCAAGCUAAUGGUAAAUCAUGUCCUACUGGUACUGGACAGUGUUGUAGUAACGGUGGUUGGUGUGGGACCACAUCAGAUUAUUGUGCUCCUAACAACUGUCAAAGCCAAUGUAAACUACCUCCACCUCCACCCUCACCUCCUCCUCCACCUCCAUCCCCACCCCCACCCUCACCUCCACCUCCACCUCCACCUUCACCCUCACCUCCUCCUCCACCUCCAUCCCCACCCCCACCUCCACCCCCACUUCCAUACCCCCAAUGUGGAAUGAAAAAGGGUGGCGGGAAAUGUAUUAAAACAGGAGAGUGUUGUAGUAUAUGGGGUUGGUGUGGAACCACAUACGGGUAUUGUUCUCCUGAAUAUUGUCAGAUGCAAUGUCCAGGUCCAUACCCAGAGGGACGAUGCGGAUGGCAAGCUAAUGGUAAAUCAUGCCCUACUGGUACUGGACAGUGUUGUAGUAACGGUGGUUGGUGUGGGACCACAUCAGAUUAUUGCGCUCCUGUAAACUGUCAAGCCCAAUGCAACACUACUACUCUAACCUCAUCCAUCAAGAAUCGUAUGAGAGGUAUUGAGAGUUUCAUGCUCAACGUUGUCUAGAUGCUACUUCCAAAAUACUAUCUACAGGAUGUACUUUUACUCCUCUUUUGGAACUGCAUGCUGAAAUAAUGCGUGUAAUUAAUGCAUAUAAAAUGCAUUAAGUAAUAAUAUAUAAUAGUAAAUAAAGACCUUUUGUCUACAACCAUAUUUUAAUUACAACUAUUUAUGUUCUAUUAUUAAAA